GGUCAGAGCGCUCUGCGACUGAGAGCGGACACCCGGACGUUGCUCGCAGGGAGAGGAGCAAAGGCCGCGGGAAAGGCCGGUGAGAGCUUUGGGUCAACGACGUAUUCCGGGCUAGGGAGGCGGGCGGACGGGUAAUGGCGGGCUGAACUACGAAGAAACCCCGUCUCAUCUAAUCUCUAUAGAACUACAAGUCCCAGCAUCCUCUGGCAGGACGCGCCAUCAUGGCCGAAAGGCAGCUCCAGAAAAAAGGCAAGAAGUCAGACGAUGGCAUCGGCAGCGUGGUGGACUUCUUACUGGCCAAUGCCAGGCUGGUGCUGGGCGUCGGAGGAGCAGCAGUGCUGGGCAUUGCCACGUUGGCAGUAAAACGGCUUAUGGACCGAGCGGCGAUGCCUCCUGAUGAGAAGGACACAGACGAGAAGGCAGAGCAGAAAUCCAUAGAAGAAAGCUGGAAGGAAGCCGUUCUGAUGAAGGCCUCCCCGAAACUAGCGCGAAAAGCAAAGCGUGCCGACCUGAGCACCGCACUACCGGCCCCCGAGCCCAGCCAGCCGGUCACAGAUGACGCAGCUUCGGGCAGUAAUCCGGAGCGGCCCCCUGUUGCCGAGAAGACCCCGAUGUGCUUCACCUUACAGGAGACGCUCCUGCACUACUACACCCAUGAGGCACUUGUGCCAGAAGCCAAGACGCAAGUGGCCAAGCAGCUGGUGCUGGACAUCAUGAGCGAACUGCAGAACUUCCUAAAGGCUAAACACCCCGAAAUGCCCUUCUCCGCCAUGCAGCUGGGGGGGUCCCUGGGCAACGGUCUGCCCGUCACCAGCUUGGACCGCGCCCACGUGUUGCUGCCCCUGAUUCUAGAACCCCAUCUAUGGACCUUCGUGCCAGGACAGGAAACCAUUCUGAAUGACCCCCAGUUCUGGAUGAUUAAAAGGGUUAACCUGGAGUACACAGCCCGGGGGAGCAGUCCCUGGGACCGCUUCAUGCUGGGGGGCUACCUAUCCACCAGGACCAUCGUGGAGUCCCUGCACAAGACCAUCCUGGCCUCUGUCAACUGGCCGGCCAUUGGGACCGUCCUGGAGUGCUGCGUCUGGCCGGUUGUGGCCCCCGAGGACCUCAGACUGGAGGUCGUCUGCCAGGACUUCAGGGUCACCAUCAACAUCCUCCCAGUGGCUGAAACCAAAGACGUUGUCCUGCUGGCGUACCCCCACUCCACAGCCCCGGCCGAAAACCUCUGGCGACGGAGCUACUACCGCGAGGAGAUGCUCCGCCUCCAGGAGCUGGACCGCAGCGACGCUGGCGUCCGGCAGAAGUGUCUACACGUACUCGGAAGUAUUUGCCGCCAACGCCCAGGACUUGGCCGACUGUCUCCAACCCACCUGAGACAAGUCCUCCUACACGUCAGCAACGACUCGUCUGAUUGGUCGGAGUCUAGCAUGGCCGACCGUUUCCUGCAGGUCCUCGAGGAGCUUAUUGGCUAUCUCGGCAGUGGGACCCUCCCCUGCUAUUUUAAUAAAAGAGUCAAUUUAUUCUCCCGCCUGACGGAGGAGGAGAUCGAUGAGGUUGGCUACGGAUUGUAUCAGAUUUUUUCCGAUCCCAACUCGUUGCUGGCAAAAUGAGGCUCACGUGGGACUUCACCGCCAGGUGCAGAAUACUGUGUGUCGAUUUGUCAACAUUUUUAAGAUCUCCGCUUGAUGUCAGCGAAUGGAUACAUCAACCCUGUCCUGCUCACGGAGACCUCUAUCGACUUGUAUGGCAGCACAUGACCUGGACAGGUUUACAGCCCUGGCAUGUGAACCAUCAGUGUUGUCAUUCAAUGACAGCAAGCAAACGUCUUGAUCCUUUAGUUUAGAGGAGCGGAAGCAAAACAUUUUAGAAAGUUGCAGGUUAUACCGUGAGGUUGUCAGAAUUAGAAAAAACAUGGCUGCUGUCUUCUACGUCGGUCAGUCGGUUGUGUGGUGGCAUUUAAAUGGAUUAGGCUGAGCUGCGAUAUCCGACGUAACCUGUGAACAGACGUGGCGCCGUUGUUGAAAGAAAGCAGCCAUGUUUUUCUAAUCCUGGAGAACCCCUUUAAGCUUGACAUGGAUAGGGCGUGUCCAGGGAUGUACAAUAAAGUCAGCUGACCUGCCCCGUCCGUGGGUUGUCAUGGUAACCGAUGACGGCGGGUGUAUCCCGCUCUUGUUCCAUUGAUCCUUAUGUACGCCAACCUGGAAGAGUGGAAGAGCCCCUUUAAUUCCUCUAAGCGGAUCGAGAAGUCCUUUCCUGCUGCCCUUCCUCGUUUGCCAGAACUGGAGCGGCGCGCUGAUAUGGCGUUCAUCGACAGUCGCGCUCGCACCUCAGUAUUUCAUGAUGAUCUGGGCAAUUCUCUUGCCCUUGUGCGGCGGAAUUAGGCUUUUGAAUACGGGACUGUAAAGCGUACCGUACCUUUUUUAAGCUCCUGAUCCGCGUGCGACUAGUCGGCCUGGCAAUGCCUGCUGGGAACUGUAGUUCAAUCUAAAAUGACUGAAAUAACCUCCAGAAGCCAUGUUUUGUAAUUGCUGCUAUACUGUAGUGAGAUAUUUGCCGAGAUUUUUACUGACGUGUUUUACAAAAGACGGGCGCCGCUUAUCAUUUCGUACAUGGAUUUGUGGUUUACGUUUUUACCCCUUGCACACUCUCAACCUAAUUUUUUUGCACUAAUCAGGGGGUUUCUUUACGUUCAUUAAUCCACAGGGUGUGAAAAUCUCUUGAAAUAGUCCUAAUCUUGUGACAGGACUGUGUCAGCCAUUUUUUUUUUUUAGGGUAUCUGUUUCUGGGAAAGUUGGGUGACAACCAAUAUGGCUGCCAUUACAGCUCCCAAAACGUUUUGGCCCAGCUUUCCUUGAGUCCUGAAUAGCCGAUGUUCUAUUAUUAUGCUGGACUGUAAGAAAGUUGGGGUUUUUCUGCCCUAGCGGCCAUAUUGAAUGUCACUCAGCUUUCCCAGGCAUUUGAAGACUACUUACUAUGUAGUGGAUAAGGUCACAAUAUGGCCGCCCUCGCCGUGCGUGGGGUGAGGGGUAUCACUAUCACAUGUAUUUAUGAUCCCCCUUGGAUUGUUCAGUGACCGAUCACCUCGAAAAGAUUCAUUUCUAGUUUAGAAAUUCUCAAGGAUUUCUGUAAAAGUGUUUUUUUUAGAAAAAUCUGAUUAUUAAAAGCCGGCUGAGACGGGGAGGAGACGGUGUGACAUCUGUAAGGCCACUUCUUCUAUGGCCUGCUAGCGGUAAUGUGCCAAGCCAGAGUCAUUUCUGACGGUUUGGUUGCUAGGGACACACUGCCUAACAACCACGGACAGUAGGUUCCCAGCAACUAGUCUGGUUUUGAUUACUUUGGUCUGAGAAGGGGGGGGGGGGGGUGGUUGGCAUUCUUUGUCCCUUGCUGCCGUAUUAAUCAGAUUUUUAUAGAGAUUCAGGCGCUCUUUAAACCAGUGGAAUGCCAGCUUCCUGGAGCUACUACUCUCAGCAUGCUCUGCCGUCGGGCGGGGACACCAGUUUUAUGGGAAGCACUAAACGCGAAGUAAAUAUAAUGAAGCGCAUGAACGGCACAAAAUAUGGGGUCACUGGGUAAAACACAAGGUGGGUAUAAAACUAAAGAUGGCGCUGUAUUGGCACCAGUUUGUAUCACAGGGGGGGCGAUAUCGAAGGUUUUCAUGCAAACCUGCAAGAGUUAGUGUAUUACUUGUAUACUCUAGUCACAUCCAGAGCUGCAUUCUGUGAAUUUCCUGUGAGAUCAGUCUAUAGGACAUCACAUCUUGUAUGCUCUGGUCACAUCCAGAGCUGGAUUCUGUGAAUUUCCUGUGAGAUCAGUCUAUAGGACAUCACAUCUUGUAUGCUCUGGUCACAUCCAGAGCUGCAUUCUGUGAAUUUCCUGUGAGAUCAGUCUAUAGGACAUCACAUCUUGUAUGCUCUGGUCACAUCCAGAGCUGCAUUCUGUGAAUUUUCUGUGAGAUCAGUCUAUAGGACAUCACAUCUUGUAUGCUCUGGUCACAUGCAGAGCUGCAUCCUUGCUGCAGGACUUAAUAUAUACCCCAGUCAAGGCCAGAGCUGCAGUCUGUGGGUUUCCGGUUAGUUCUCAGUCUACAGGAUGUCACCUUGUAUACUCUAGUUAUAUCCAGAGCUGCAUCCUGUGACUAUACUGUUAGCACUCAGAGUAUACCUCUCCCUGCCUGUUCAGUAUUUGCACAGAUUGCGCUCUGAUGGGGGUUGUAGUCUUUACACCAGACCCUAUUCAGUAGUCAGAGUAGUUAGUGAUGAUGGAUUCCAAGAGGCAACCAAAAUAAUUUGAAUGCAGCUUUGAGUGUGAGUGUAGUAUCGUCACAUCUGAUGUUCCUCAGACUUGGGCAGAGAGCCUGGAUGUUUCUAUAUGUAAGGGCGGCCUGAUUUUGUAUGGGUUAGAACGGGUUUUUACCCAUCAGAUUUAUGUCAUGUUGGGAGUAGUAGUUUCCUAACAGCUGGUGAGCCACAACAGGGCAAUAAAUACCACUCCACCUGCCAGAGAUGGCGGCAGCUGCAGUGACUGCGGCACGUUCCCUUGCCUGUGCCAAAUUUAUUUAUAAACCCUAUUCCCCUAAAAUGAAAAAAAAAAAGGUCCUUGACACAUACUGGUUGUCACCCAGCUUUCCCAGAAACAGAUACAGCUAGGAAUCCGCUGGACAGAAGAGGGGGAACCCUGUGAGAAGUAUGUAGGACUUGGAGUUGUGCACUGUGAUGGUCGGGGCGGAUGCAGGAGGCUCAGGCGGUCGUGCCGGAUCGGCCUGUCUGGGGGUUACGCAUCCGCUGCUGCUUUCGAUUGUGAAUUUUGCUGCUUCUACUUUUAUAAUUAAGUAAAUUGUGAUAAUAAAGCUUUUCUUUGAACGUC